AAACCGAUAGUUUCGUCUGCUUGACUUUACAGGUUUACACGCGUUUAAAACUUAUAUACUGAUAAAAUGAGAUGAAAUGUAAACGUGAUGGAGAGGACCUGAAUUAUUCGGAGCGAGCUGAGGAUCCCCCUCCCCGUUCUCAUUGCAAGUCCGGACACCAAGGUUCUCAGAGCAGUCAGGGGAUGGCCGAAGAUUUGGACAGAAAACUGCUCAGCGCGCCGUAUGUCGCUGAAACGAAUCAAAGCGAGCCAUUCUGGAGGGAGGUCUUCUGUGAAGCGGACGACGGGCUGCUGGUCACACAUGUCAAUCACACGCAUGACCUGCUGCGGGUGCAGGGGCUCAGAGGUGGAGCUGGGGACAGGAGGAAGAGCACUGCCGAGUGGCUGGAGGACCACAGUGUUGAGAGCUCAGGGCUCUCACUCUCACACCUCCUCUCCCACGGCACUUGCACCCUCAUUGAUUUGAUUGCCUCCUCCUGUAUGAAUGGUAGGACCGACGAAGAAGGCAAUCCAAGAAGGAGACUGGAGAUAAGUGCUGGAGUAGUCAGUGAGUUUAAGGCCCGCCUUCUCCAUGUGAUUGAGCUGUACCGCGCGAGGAUAAAGUGGCUCACAGAAGGAAGCCUGAAGGUUUUCGGGUUGGUGAGGGGGUCCAGGGUGGGCGUCCUGGUGGAUGUGGCUGAUGCGACCUGCGAGCUGGGGAGACUGCUGGAGCUCCAAGGGAACCUCCUGCGUCUUAUCGAUGAGCAGCUCGGGUCCAGGAAGCAGCUGUACCCCAUGUCCUUUGGCACGGAGGUCAGCGCACAGUGGAACGGCCCCAGGGAUGCAAACAGCUGCAGGCUGAGGGAGAUGUGCCAGUGGGUGCAGCAGCUCUGCCCGGGAGGCAGGUGCAAUCUCCUAGGGGCCCUGAAGAGGGCUCUAGCCUGCAGGGAGCUCGACUCACUCCUCAUUAUCCUGGGCUCCAGUCCUGAUCAGACCUCAGAUGCUUUCUUUAAUUUCGUGGAGCAGUGCACUCUGGGAAGGGAGCUGUCUGUGUUGGCUGUGGCCUAUGGCAGUAGCAGUCAUGUGACCAUUGGAGUGGUAAAAAGACUAGCAGAGGUCACCGGAGGUCGUUUUCAUCUCUUUCCAGACAACGGACAGGGUGUGGUGGACAGCACUGACCUGGACCUCAUGUGGAGGGAGGUGAAAAUGGCUGGAGAGGUGCUGAGGGGCAUACGGGACAUGCAGCAGGGCCAGGUGCAAGACAUGCUGGUGACUGUAGUACAACAGAUUUCUGCUGAUUUGCAGAACACCUUGCCUCUGUCCCACCUCCUUCCCAAAGCAGCCAAUCAUGAUGUCCCGCUCUGCAUUCAGAAUCCUGGCUUCCUGCCCUCCACCUCAGCAGAUUGGCUAAAGAGCCAUGGGCUCAAAGCUCAGGGCCUAGGGCUGUACCAGGUGCUGGCCCCCAAUGCCUACUCUCUGCUCAAAGAGUUUGUGCCCAUUCUGCGCAAGACUGUUAGCUCCACAGUUCAUGAGAAAGCGAUGGUGCAGUUUGAGUGGCAUGAUGGGACAGUGAAGAACGUGCACGUGGACCUUCCCCUGCUUUGCUGUUACCAGAAGCGGCUGGUCCGAGCGGUGCAGGUGCUGGAGAAGAGGGUUGCGUGGCUGAACAGUGGAAGCCGCCAGAUCUGGGGGGUGGUGUGCGAGCAGAGGGUGAUGCUGCUGGUGGAUCUGUCCCAGUGGAACGCUCCAUACCUGCUGCACAUCCAGCUGUCUCUCAGACUCCUGCUGGAGCAGCAGCUGGCCAACAAGCACCUCAUCAAUGCCAUCGCCUUUGGCGGAGAUAUGAAGCCCUGGAGGGAGGAGAUGGUGGAGGCCAGCCCCCAGAACCUCCAGGACAUAUGGCGGUGGGUGCAGGGAUUGCAGUGCGAGGGGAGCCGGAACAUGCUGGGAGCUCUGAGGCGUGCUGUCGAAUCCGACCUGCAGGGGGCACCAGACCAGUCCCAGGGGAUUUAUCUCUUCACCAGUGGGAUACCUGACCAGGACAUGGCUGCAGUGGCGGGGUACAUCUCCGAGCGGUGUGGGGGCUGUGACCUGCGGCUCCACAUCUGUCUGUUUGGCGGGGGGCAGACCUUGGUGCCCAGCUGCCCCCCGCCCCGUUUUGCCACCCCCUCUGAGACCGCCGACGCCUUGAGGAACCUGGCACAUGUUAGUGGGGGGCGCUUCCACUGGUUCAGUGAAACAGGUAUUGUAGAGAGCGAUGACAUUAAGGCCUUAAUGGCAGAGAUGGAGAAGGCAGCUGGUUACUGGCAGAAGUGCUCUGUGCUGGUGGAGUCCCUGACGCAGAGAGCAGACUCUAAGAGGUCCAGUGAGGAGGCCUCGCUGGAGGGCAAGAGGCCGGCUCUGCCUCUGGAGGCCUGGAGACACAGAGAGACCCUCCCUCCACCACGCCCCACCGCCCUCACACUCGCCAGGCUGCAAGCAAAGGAGGUGAAAGGGGAGGACAGCGCACCUCAGAGAGCCCUGAUGUGGCGUCCAAUCAGUGCCAAAGCCGCUAUCCCUCCAGCACAGCCAAUGAGUGGCUGGAGGCCAGCAUCUAGUGGAGCCAAACAGAGGAAGGCCUUGGUCUCCCAUUCUGUGUUUUACACUGAGGAAGGCAACAACCUCGGGUUCAUCUUUAAGAAAUAUCCGAAAGUGAAAAGUGUGCGGAGGUCUGUCCCUUCUGUGACUCUGCCUAAGGCAGAGGACCUUUCCUCAACCAAGCAGUGGCUGAAGCAGUUUGGCAUCAAGGCGCUGAAGCUGGAUUUGGACAGGCUGGCCUCAGGACCCGAAUGUGCGCACCGCAAGAGAGUGGCAUCGGCCACGCAGAACACCGCUGGCACCAAACACUGCAGCGUCCUCCCCAGUAUCCAGAUCAACGGCACAGUGAAACACCUCCAGGUGACCCCACGGGAGCUUGAUCAAUACCUCACCCAGACCGAGAGACUUCUGCACCGCUACAGGCAGAGGAUGCAGUGGCUACUCUGUGGCAGCCGCCGUGUCUUCGGGACGGUGCUGGAGCAAGAUGUUUGCAUCCUGCUGGACACCUCUGGGUCCAUGGCCACUUUCCUGCCUGAGGUCACGAAGGAGCUCACCUCCCUGAUCUGGGAUCAGCUGCACCGGAACAAAAUCAGGUUCACAUUGCUGGCGUUCUCAGGGGAGGUGAGAGUGUGGCGCCCUGGCCUGACUGAGCCCGCGGAAGAGGCAUGUCAUGACGCGGUGAAGUGGGCGUGUCAGCUCUGUGCCCACGGGGGCACCUGCACCCUCCAGGCCCUACGGGUGGCCUGUGGGCUCGGGGAAUCACUGGGGUGCUACCUGCUCAGUGAUGGGAAGCCAGACUCCAGCUGCAGCCUGAUGCUGCAGGAGGCAAAGCAGAUGACCACAGGGAGGGACAUCACCAUCCACACCAUCUCAUUUAACUGCAAGGACAGCACAGCUAAUGAGUUCCUGAGGAAACUGGCUCACCAGACAGGUGGGCGGUUCCAUUGUUGCCAGGGUGACGUGGACGCAGCGGCUGCCAGCAGGAAAUUGAUGAACAGGUUGAGUGAAAAAUCUGAGCCCAUUUUUCCUGCCCUGGAGGGGGAUGAUUUGAGAAGGUUGGCCGAAGAAAUCGACAAGUUGAGACAUUACCGGACGCAGGCCGCAGCUUUUCGGAAAAUCCUUUUGGAGAAACAGAAUCCCCUGAAGAACUAGACCAAGGAUUUUACAUCCCAGACAUCUGCGAG